AUGCCCAUAGUGCGGGAGCACCUAUAUACCCCCAUUUAUCUGCAGGUCAUCACGGACGGGCACAGCCGCUCCUUUGGCUGCAGCUCCUUGGCUGAACGGGACCGUUGGAUCGAGAACCUGCGGCGCACGGUGCAGCCCAACAAGGACAACUGUGAGCGCCUGGAGCUGUCAUUGAGCCUAUGGGUCUAUGAAGCAAGAGACCUCCCACCCCGCCGCCGUCUCCGGUGCCACCUCCAUUUGGACGGGACCCUCUUUGCCCGCACCACAGCCAAAGUGUCCGGUCCCGAUGGCGAGCUCUUCUGGGGCGAGCUCUUCCAGCUGGCGGCCCUGCCUCCCUGCCAUGCCCUCACCUUGUCUCUAUGCCGUGACGAUCAAGGCCACCCCAACCAACCCGUGGCAUCUGUCACCGUCCCUUUGGCUGAGCUGGGGGCUGCCCGGCAGCCCUUGGAGAGGUGGUAUCCAUUGAGUAGCCAUGGGGGCAAUGAACGGGCUCCGGCGCUGCGGGUGCGUGGGAGGUACCGGGAGGUUCGGGUGCUGCCCAUCGUCCGCUAUAAGGAGUUGGCUGAGUUCAUCACCUUCCACUACCGGGAGCUGUGUGCCCGCCUGGAGCCCACCAUCGCUGUGAGGCACAAGGAGGAGCUCGCCGGGGCCUUGGUGCGAGUGCUGCAGAGCACCGGGAAAGCCAAGGUACAGAGGGGGGGUUGCAAUGGUCAUGGUGGUUGGGGUGGGAUGGGUGAUGACCAGGUUGGGGGGGAUGCGGUGGUUGGGUUGGAAUAG